AUGGACGACGACGACGGCGACGGCGACGACCCUACGAUUAUCAUCGACGUGUCGGCCUGGCCAAGAGUGUCCUUCGCCCGCGCGGAGGAGCGCCUCUUCGAGGCGGACGGCGCGCCGGCGGCGUCGUUCGACGCGGCCGGCGCGCGCGGCGAGGCGGCCUACGCCGCGGCGUUCCGCCGGGCCUUCGCCGCGCUCGGCGCGGCGCCGGAGGACGCGUCGGUCGUCGCCGUCGCCGACGUCGUCCGCGACGGCGCGGCGCGGGCCGCGUGCGCCGCGGCGGCGCUCGGCGACCUCCGCUGCCGCCGCGCGGCCGCGGCGGGCGCGGCCUGGUGCGGCCUCCUGGGCCACUGCACGCAGGUCGAGCCGCAGGUCGCGCUCGUCCGCGCCGGUGGCGCGUGGACGGCCGCGCCCAUGGAGGACGGCGCCGUCGACGCGGCGCGCGCCGUCGCGGCCGCCGACGGCACGGCCGCCGCCGCCGCGCGCGCCGUCGUCGACGCCGUCCGCGCCUUCCCGGAGAACGCAUCGCGCUACUACGGCCGCGUCGUCGUCGUCGACCAGGACGGCGGCGACGACGCGCGCGCCGUCGCCGCCGCGCUCGCGGACAUGGCCCCGGGCUGCUACAAGGUCGCCGUGCGCGCCGCGCCGCCGGGCGCGGCCCUCCGCGGGGCCUUCUGGCUCGACCACUUCUCCCGCCGGGGCGCGGGCGGCGGCUACCUCGCCCGCGAGGCCUUCGACGACCUCGUCGCGGGCCCGGACGGCGCCGCGGGCCUCGCGCGCCGCUUUGUGGAUUAUUAG